CUAGUGCCUCAGUCGGUCUGUCUGGUUAGCAGCAUCCUGACCCCCUGGAGCAGGAGCCUCCCUAGCAGCAUCUGGCUGGGGGUUGCUGGAGCCUCGCCCGGCGCUGGAGGCGGAGCAGAGGUUCUUCAUUUUAAGUAGCUGUGACACAGCCUGCAAGAGAUUUCAAAAUGUGUGGUAUCUGGGCCCUUUUUGGAAGCGAUGAAUGCCUUUCUGUCCAGUGUCUAAGUGCCAUGAAAAUAGCUCACCGAGGUCCUGAUGCAUUUCGUUUUGAAAACGUCAAUGGCUUCACCAACUGUUGUUUUGGUUUCCAUCGUCUGGCGAUUGUUGAUCAAUUAUAUGGCAUGCAGCCUAUUCGGGUGAAGAAGUUUCCAUAUUUAUGGCUAUGUUACAAUGGAGAAAUCUACAAUUUCAGACAGCUGCAAAAGCAGUUUGGAUUUGAAUAUCAAACUUUAGUAGAUGGCGAGGUAAUCCUUCAUCUUUACAACAGAGGAGGAAUAGAGCAAACAGCCUGCAUGCUAGAUGGUGUGUUUGCAUUCAUCCUGCUGGACACUGCAAACAGGAAAGUGUUUCUGGGAAGAGAUACAUAUGGAGUCAGGCCAUUGUUUAAGGUGCUGACUGAAGAUGGAUUCUUGGGUGUCUGCUCUGAGGCAAAAGGUCUUAUCAACUUAAAGCACUCAAUGUCCACUUGUCCUAAAGUGGAGCCAUUUCUUCCGGGACACUAUGAAGUGUUGGAUUUAAAACCAUCUGGCAAAGUUGCAUCAGUGGAACUGGUAAAAUUUCAUAGUUGUAAAGAUGAACCUCUGCAUGCUGCUUAUGAUACAGUGGAAAAUCUGCCUGCAGCAGGUUUGGAUCUCGAAACGGUGAAAAGCAACAUUCGGCUUCUGUUUGAAAAUGCUGUUAAAAAACGUUUAAUGAGUCACCGAAGAAUUGGCUGUCUUUUGUCAGGGGGUUUGGAUUCCAGUUUGGUUGCUGCGAUGCUCCUGAAACUGAUGAAAGAAUCAAGCAUCAAUUACCCUUUACAAACCUUUGCCAUUGGAAUGGAAGACAGUCCUGAUUUAUUGGCUGCCAGAAAGGUAGCUGCUUAUAUUGGCAGUGAACAUCAUGAAGUAAUAUUUAAUUCUGAAGAAGGAAUUCAGGCAUUAGAAGAGGUUAUUUUUAGCUUGGAGACAUAUGAUAUUACAACAGUAAGAGCUUCAGUUGGUAUGUAUCUGGUUUCCAAACACAUACGCAAGAAGACAGACAGUGUGGUCAUUUUCUCAGGGGAAGGAUCGGAUGAGCUUACACAAGGCUAUAUCUAUUUCCAUAAGGCCCCGUCUCCUGAAGAAGCUAUGGAAGAGAGUGAGAGGCUUCUGAGAGAACUCUACAUGUUUGAUGUACUUCGUGCAGACAGAACUACUGCGGCUCAUGGUCUUGAACUGAGAGUCCCGUUUUUGGAUCACCGGUUUACUUCUUAUUACCUAUCCCUGCCAGCAGAACUCAGAAUUCCAAAGGAUGGAAUUGAAAAGCAUCUCUUGAGAGAAUCGUUUCAGGAUUCCAACUUGCUUCCGAAAGAAAUACUCUGGAGACCCAAAGAAGCCUUCAGUGAUGGUAUAACAUCUCUCAAGAAGUCUUGGUUUUCAAUUCUCCAAGAGCAUAUUGAUCUCCAGGUUGAUGACCUUCUGCUGGAAAAGGCAGCAGAGAAAUUUCCUUUUAAUCCUCCUAAGACUAAAGAAGGUUACUACUACCGCCAGAUCUUUGAGAAGCACUACCCCGGGCGCGCUGAUUGGCUCUCUCAUUACUGGAUGCCAAGAUGGAUUGAAGCUACUGAUCCUUCUGCUCGCACAUUGAAACAUUACAAGUCAGCUACCAAAGAAUAAGCGUUCCAGUAAUUUUUGAAACAGAAAUUGCUUGUUGCCAAAUGGCUCUAUCUGCACUAAAGCUGGGCAUGCAACCCAAUAGUCUAAAAGAAUAUUCAAAAUGGAUUUGGACAGUGGUAUUUAAGAUGAAAGCCCUUUAUAGCCAGUAUAAUAGUGUGAAAUUCACUCCACUGCAGAGGGCUUGCACAAGGACCUCUGCCUCACUUAAACUACAGUUCUGGUCUGAAAAACUACUGUGUGAAAAGGGCACCAUUGUGCUUAGCAGCUCUGCCCCUUGUUCGUACUCAGACUGGCUGACUUCAGUUACAAACAUACAUGUAUUUUUAAUAUAAAGCCUCCUUGGAAGACUUGAAUGGCUCAUACGAUGUGCGUUUGCCCGAAUUUCACCUUGGGGGUAUAAAAUGAGCAUUUAUGGACUGGACAUUCUGUCUAGGCUCCUGUCUUUAAAAACUGUAGCAUUCAUGGGUUACUGUAGACAUUGGGUAAGAUCUACAGAGAUUUGCAAAUUCCUACAGGUACAGAGAGACACCUAGUAGAAUUUACAGAAGUGCCUAAGCAAGUUAGGUGCCUAACUAAAGUCAAUGGAAGGUAGGGAUCUAACCUGCGUAGGCACUUCUGAAAAUCCCACUACAUUCUCACCUGCAAGGGUGGAAGAUCCCAGAGCUCGGGCUGGAGCCUGAGCCAGAAUGUCCACACAGCAAUUUUUAGCCCCGCAGUCCCCGCCAGUGAACCGUGGCCAUGCCGUGGGACUUUUAUCCCUGUGUCGACAUACUUGAAAUAUCUUUGUAGACCUGGCCUGUCUAUACAUAUAGUGGUAACGGGUUUGAUAUAAGAAUUUGAAGCAUGGAAUAAAAUUGGCCAGUUAUAUCCUUUUGUUUCUACCUCAAAGACUUGAUUUUUGAAAGCUGUAUGGGGUUUUAACGUCAUGAUUCCUAUUGAUUCUAAUGUGAGUCAAGUGGCUACAUACCUGCACAACAUUUGGGGAAAUUUAGGAGUGAGAAUAAAAAGUGUCACUUACAAGCGAAUGCGCAAGUAAGUGGAACCUCUGAGAUAUUGCUGGAUCCACCCUGAACUCCUUUCUCAGGCACAACACAUACACUGCGAUAGGUUCUGGCUCCUACUCAGCUCUCUCAUGCUACUCUAGCAGCAUAUAGUGGCUGUACAGGAGCCACAACUGGUCAAAGAAGAAUUCACCAGUAAACAGCCCUGGUCCGCCCCUUUCCCAAGACCUGGUAUAGUGGUGGACUGGGGGUAGGUCCGUAGUGCACAGGUCCAUAGAGCCCACAGGCAGCCUAGGAUAGGCUGCAGUGAGUUAAAGCUGCUGUAGGUUGCUAUAAGUUGUGCUGGGAUCUGUUUUGAGUGCCAGAGCAGCACCCCAGAAUCCAGAAGGGUCUCCUUGCUUUAUGCUUUGCUUUAUGUACUGGACCUCUUGGAGACAAAACACAGAAUCCUACUUCCUAGAAUUCAAUGGGCAUUUUACCUGAAUAAGGACUUCAGGAUUGGAUUCCUUUUCUGAAAGAGAAUUUAGUUCUUCCUAAACAAUCAGAGGUUUUUUUACAUACCCUUGUAGCAUAGCAAAUGCAUUUCUACAGAGCUCACUAUUCCAGUAGUAAAUUGUUUGAAUGGGAUGUUUUUAAAAAUGGGUUUUAUAUAAUGGCGAUCAAUAACUUUAUGGAUUAGCUGACAAACUCCAAAUUGCGUACUAAAUUUAGAAAAGCUCUAAGACAGAACUUUUUGAUUUUUUUUUUAACUAAAAACUGUUGAUAUUGAAUAGAAUAUCAGAGAAAAACGAAUGCUUAAAAUGAAGCACUAGGGUCCUUUGUAAAAUGUCUGAGUGUCUGCUUGUUUUUUUCAGUGCUCAAUUUCUCUUCAGGAAUCUGUACUGAAAUACCACAGUGGCACCCUGGAGCCCAUGAACAACUGUCUGGUGGCUUUAUGUACAUGGAUGUGUUUUGGCUGACACACAUACACCUCAAGAGUAUAUGGUUUAUAAGAUUAUUGUGUUGUGAGACUUCAUAAGGGACCUAUUAGCUUCGUUUCAGAAAAAAGUGCGCUCUUCUCAGGGAACAUUCUGCAGAUUCACAACAUCUAGGAGUUCUGAUAGAUGCUAUGGUGAAAAAUAUUUUUUGUCAAAUAGCAGUUAUAUUAGAACAUGGAUCUCAAUUUAAGGGUUGCCAGUCACCCUCCAUUUCUUUAUGGCUAGUUGGGAGAAAGGGGGUGUUGGACCCAACAGGUGGUAAGAAGUUAAUUAAACUCUUAUUCACUGUUAAGUGUGGCAUGAGGUUUUCAUGUCACAAUGGAAGUACAUCAGUACUAAUUUAACAGCCACCAUUACCAUCUUUUAACUAUUUUAUUAAAGACACAGAAGGAAGAAAGAAAAACACUUAAAGAAUUGAAAUGUAAAGGACUGAGAAGCUUUUAUUGUAACAAUUUUCCUUACUUCCUCUCUCUUUCACUGUACAGUUGGGUUGUUUAUUUUUUAAUAGGGGGAUCCCCUAGUUGGUAAUCUUAAAGGAUAUUAAAGAUAGUAUUAUCAGUAUUACUGGGGGGAAAAGAGAAAAGUUUAGGAUAGAUGGUUUGGAGUUGUUGUUGCUAAACUUCAGUCCUGUUUUGAUUUUUGUUUUAAGACAAAAGGGGAGAAAAAAAAAGGAAAGAUGGAAGAUGCAGUUUGUGGUGCUGAUCCUCACUUGCGGCCUUUGCUGCUGGAGAAAUGUAGGUCCUGUACACGGUCUAACCAGCCACUUGAGCUGGCAUUGGCAAUGUCAGGCUGCUUAAGACAUUUGCUUUUAGAUGCUUUGCUGGGCAUGCUGUUGUCUUGGCUGGCUAAGCCAGACUCUUAGUAGACAGAAGGCAAAAGGAGACCGAUUGAAAAAGAGAAUCAAUAAAGUAGGAUAGGAAAAUUGUGUCAGGGAGGGUGACAGUAGGAACCCAAAUAUCAUCUUCCAAGUGCUAUUCAAGAUUCAGCUGAAGCCAGAGGCGGGGGCAAUGUCGUGUGGAACUUGCUCUGGCACAGUCUGGUCAGGAGACCUUGCGGGAUCAGGAUGAUGAAGGCCUAAUGGUACCAUGGAUUCCAAGGUCCCAGGAGAAGGUGGGGGUUGCAGUCAUGAUGAUGGCUAAGGUUAAGCUCACUCCUUCCAGUCCACACAUUCUGCUGGUCCCAUUUAAAUGUCCAAAAAGGGGAUGAAAACCUCAUCUCAUGAUUAUUAAUCAAAGGGAGCACAUUUUGGUGACUUCAACUACAAACGUUUCCUCUCAGUUCUAGGUUCAUUCAGAUCAUUGUUAUGCCAACCUGUGACUUUACCAGGAGCCUUGAAGACCGCUUAGCACUGCCUUUAAAAAUAAUAAUAAUAAUAAUAAUAAUUAAGGAAUUCAGUUUGUACCAGUCUGUUUCUAACCUUUGGUAAUUUCAGAAGUUUAUGUAUCGGGCUUUACCUUGAUGUGGACUUUUGUUACUUGAACCACUUGAGUAUAGGCCUCUGCAUAACAAGGGUCCUGAAACUAUUUUAUGUUGUAACAGAUUCAUAGUAUGGUUUAGCGUCACUUUGCUUUUUAAUAAAGGUUUUUAACUGAAAUUGACAGUUUAAGCCUUCUGGUGCCUACCAUCUUCCAUAA